UUCCAACAUCCAACUAACCUUCUGAGAAGCAGAUCAGAGAGGAAACAAGAAGGGUAAAGUGAAGAUGGGAGCAGAGCAGGCACUGAAGAGAAUUCCACGCAUUAAGUUCCCUCAAAGACACCCCAAAUCCCCUUCUUCAGGAUCUAUUGCUGAAAAUCAAGCACCAAGCAAACAUGCAGACAUCGUCGAUGGCUUGAUUGCAAGGUCAAGUUCAGACGUUCCUGCUCCGCCUAUCAACACUGCCGUGGGAGGAAAAGCAUCUCUUCUGCCGAAACGUACUCCUGUCUCUGAGAGGGAGAUCGAGGCUAUUAUGUUAGGGGGCUGCUUCUGAGUUUUCAGCCGACAAUGCUAGCUUUUCAGAAGCUCAGAAUAAAAACUUCUUGUCUGUUACUUU